GUGCACGCUGUUUGUGCGCGCUCCCGCCGCCACUUCGCCCCACUGUCACACUUUGUAUCGUCCCGUCGAGUGGAAACGUCCCACAACACGCAAGAUGACCAUCAACACCCUGGCGAGAGGAGGCUGGCACCGGGAACAAAUGACAUGCUUCCGCAAGAUGGAGAAAGUGAUUGUGGCCAUGCAGGACCCCGACAUGGGCGUCAAGAUGAGGAACCAGAGGCUCCUUAUAACUGUCAUACCGCACGCCAUGACAGGCCGUGACGUCAUUGAGUGGCUCGUCCACAAAUACAACAUAUGUGAAGAAGAGGCUCUGCAUCUUGGUGGUAUGAUGGUAAGGUAUGGCUACAUGUACCCUCUCAAGGAGCCACGAUCCCUUGUGCUGCACCCCGAUGAAUCACCCUACCGCUUCCAGACGCCUUACUUCUGGACCAGCACUCGGUGGCCUGCCUCUGAGCUGGACUAUGCAAUCUACCUGGCUAAAAAGAACAUCAGAAAACAGGGAGAGCUGAUGGAAUAUGAAAAGGAGCGGUACAGUCUGCUGCACAAGAGGAUCAACCACACCUGGGACUUUGUCGUGAUGCAAGCCAGAGAGCAACUCAGAGCAUCCAAACAAAGGCGAAAGGCUGACCGUAUUGUUCUCGAGUGUCAGGAGCAGGCGUACUGGCUCAUCAACAGACCCCCGCCCGGGGUGCAUAAUGUGCUCGACAUGGGCCUUGAAAGACCAAAAAACUACAAUUUACAAGUUGUACUGAAUAGUGAUUACUACAAAAGAGAGAUUCAUACGUGCAGAAGGGCCCUGGGAAGAAAUCGUGUCAAGUCAUCCAUCUGCCUGGAAGGUUUUUUGAAAUUCAGCGAGCAGUACCAGAACCACGAUCCCAUUAUGCAGGGCUGUCUUCCCAGUAACCCCUGGAUCUCUGAUGACACUGCACUUUGGAGCAUGAAUGCAGAAAUGGUGCCCGUCCCGACUCGUCUUCGCGUGGAACGUUGGAGCUUCAGCUUCAUGGAACUUCUCAACGACACCAUGGGGCGGCGUGAAUUCAUGACUUACCUGGAGAAAGAGUUCAGCGCGGAGAACUUGUGCUUCUGGCAGGCCUGUGAGGACAUCAGACACGGAGAAAGCUCCAAGAUUGUAGAGAAGGUGGAAGAAAUAUACAAAAACUUCUUGGCACCCGGAGCGGCACGCUGGGUGAACAUUGACAGCAAAACCAUGGAUAAGACCUUAGAGGGCAUCAAACACCCACAUCGCUUCGUCAUGGACGACGCGCAAAUUCACAUCUACUUCCUCAUGAAGAAGGACUCUUAUCCCCGAUAUCUCAAAUCUGAUCUUUACAAGAACAUGCUGGCCAGAGCCAUUGUUCCGCAGGAGACGAAGAAAAGCGUGUUCCCCUUCAUGAGGAAACAACGGCACUCCAGCCCCUCCCCCGCUCAGGCUGCCAGCCACGAAGAUGGGCAUGCCAAAGCGUCUGGGCAGGCAGGUACCAGCUCUGCGGCCGUCUGAUCCCAAAAAAAAAAAGGUCACCCUCGUGACAAUCAGUUUAUUCAGUCAAACUAUGCAACAGCUAAAGCUUCUCUGUCUUUGUGAACCUCCUGGAAUAAAUAAAUAAAUAACAUAUAUACAGCGCACAUAGCGAUGCACCUCAGCAAGCAUCAAAUUGUAUUCCCGAAGCACCAGCAGUUUGCAAAAGAGCUUUUAGUGCAACAGCAACAUCCUGCAGAGUAUUCAUUGUGAGUCCACAUCCUGUUUCAGUCCUAAAAUGUUUGAUAUCGACUCCUGAUUCAUUUGUCUCCAUUCAUUUUAUAACCGUCACACUCAUUUUGUGUGAUGCGGUUGUUCCUCGGGCAGUAGAGGUCAGCAUUCCGUGAUUUACAUGUUUUCGCAGCAUGUUUGUUUGCUUUAGCGUUUAAUUGAGGGCCUUUUCCAGCGAGGGCCACACAGUGAAAAAUGAAAGGAUGCAAGGGCCACUUUGAUAUUUUGUAAAGCAACACAUGGAGAUAUGCUAAGACGAAGAAAAAAAUGCAUCUCAGCUUGAAAAAGCAAAUUAUUAGUAUGAACUUCACUCUUUGUUUGCCCAUUUUUACUGUUGUUGUUGGGCUUUUUUUUUCCCACAUUUUUCAACUUUUUUCUUAAAUAAUCUUCGGUAAUUUUCUUUUCGUACUCAUGACUUUAUUGUCAUAAAAUUAUAACUUUUACCCCGACGCAAUUUUCCAGAAAUUACCAUUUUAUUUUGUUUUUUUUUUUUCUCAUAAUUUUACUACCUUUUACAAAAUAACAUUUUUAUUAUUAAUGUGUUAAUAUUUCCACUCUAUGCUACUAAAAUGACAUUAUUUACCCUCAUAAUAUUACAAGUUUAUUCUUGUAAAAUUGUGACUUUUUUGUCCUUUUUUCCUCUUAAUAUUUACACUUUAUUUUUGUAAAAUUCCAUCUGUUUUUUUUCCAUUUCUGCUGUUGUCGUUCUUUUAAAUUUUCCAACAAUUUCAACUUUCUUCGUGUCAAUUUUCUUCUUGUAAUUAUGACUUUAUUUUCAUAAUAUUUUGACUUUAUUCUCGUAACAUUAUAACUUUUUCCGCAACCUAAUUUUUUGAAAAUUACAAUUUGAUUUUGUUUUGUUUGUUGCUUAUAAUAUUACAUUUCUUUCAUAUUUCAGCUUUAUGUUACUAAAAUGACAUUUUCCUCAAAAUAUUAGUUUACUCUUGUAAAAAAAAAAAAAAAAACAUCUCAUAAGAAUACAAAUUUUUCUUUUAACAUGUUGAUUUAUUCACGUAAUACUCCAGCUGUUUUUUCAUUUCUGCUGCUGCUAUUUUAGCUUUCUUCUCAUACAUUUUCUCCCUGUGGUUAUGACUUUAUUCCCAUAAUAUUUUGACUUUAUUCUCGUAACGUUACAACUCUUUCCGCUACCUGAUUUUUCACAAAUAUUUCUCAUAAUAUUACAACUUUUACAAAAUAAUGUCUUUUUUCUUGAGUAUUUCACUACUAAAAUGACAUUAUUUUUCAUCAUAAUUUUGCAUCAUUAUUCUCUUCAAAUUACGACUUUUAUCAUUAGAUUACAAUAUUUUUUUCUCUUAAUAUUUUUUACUUUAUUAUUUUAAAAUUACAGCUGAUUUGUCCCUUUUUGCUGUUUUUUUAUGUUAAAUUAUAUCUUCAGAAUGUGCUGUGGGCCAAAUUUACUGGUUUAAUUGCUGUUUUUGUUCAUCCCGUGCUGGAGUUGCUGACUGCGACCACUGUCAUAUUUGCUUGAGCAUGUUUGCAUCGCAAUAAAACAUCAACAUUC